AUGAAACACUCCCAGCUGGCCCCGCUUCCGGAGGACCUGCCCUUUCGCAUUGUCUCAAAGACGAUCGGGCAAGGUGCUUACGCCUGUAUCAAAAAGGCAUGUCCCCUUCAGAACGAUACCCCCCUCUUUGCUGUCAAGUUCAUCCACAAGGAUUAUGCUGCUCGUCAUGGGCGCAUUACCUCAAAACAACUUCAAAUGGAGGUGGCUCUCCACAAACACGUGGGACUGCAUAAUAACAUCAUUGCAUUCUAUAACACGGACGAAAAUGAAACGUGGCGAUGGAUAGCGAUGGAACUGGCAGAGGGCGGUGAUCUAUUUGACAAAAUUGAGGCUGAUGAGGGGGUGGGGGAAGACAUUGCUCAUGUAUACUUCGCACAGCUCAUCAAUGCCGUUGGAUUUAUGCACUCCAAAGGGGUAGGACAUCGGGACAUCAAGCCCGAGAAUAUUUUAUUGUCUUCUGAUGGAAAUUUAAAAAUUGCCGAUUUUGGGCUGGCGACGCUCUUCGAAUACAAUGGCAAAAUGAAAAUGAGUACUACACUCUGUGGAAGCCCUCCGUAUAUCGCUCCGGAGGUGAUUCAAUGCAGUAAUCGCGGGCAAUCAAGAGGAGGAGGGUACAGGGCGGACUUGGCGGACAUCUGGUCUUGCGGAGUUGUGCUCUUCGUUUUGUUGGUUGGAAACACUCCUUGGGACAGUCCCACGGACGAAAGUUAUGAAUAUUGUGAAUAUGUCAAGGCAAAUGCAAAACCGGAGGAUGAGCUCUGGCAGCGUCUGCCAGUUGCCGUACUGUCACUGCUUCGUGGCAUGAUGAAGAUUGAUUCAUCCAAAAGAUUCUCCAUGCAGGACGUACGCCGCCAUCCAUGGUUUACGAAACAGAACAAGUAUCUUUCUUCUGACGGCAGACUCAUUAAUCCGGUCAAUAUGGCCACGACAAUGUUCGAGUCAUUGCACAUAGACUUUAACCAAGACCCUCUCUCUUUCUGUCAGAACACACCUUCCAGCAGUCCAGACGUGAUGCUCGAUGACCAGCCACACGAUAGCAUAAAGCCAAGAUUUUCUUCUACCCAACCUGAACCCUUAACGGACGACAUGCUAAUUGACUGGGAUGGCCCGCCACGCUUAACUACGAGCUUCCAAUCCGCUUCGCAGCCCAAAACACUGCGAAACCCUGCAGACAAUGGUAUGUUGGCGGAUCGCCUCAUGGACGAACCAUCCAUGUCACAGUUUUCUGCGACGCCGUCGGUGCCACUUAGUCGGACCCAAAAUGCCGGAAAAUUCCAAGACAUCAUUCCCUGUUCGGGUCUUACAAGAUUCUUCUCGAACUGGCCUCUCAGCCUUCUCGUACCUCGCGUGUGCGAAGCUCUUCAGCUGAUCCAUGUCCCAGCCUCGCCUAAAUCAUCCGAAACCUCUGUCGUUAUCCGCAUUCGCACGAAUGACGAUAGGAAAUGCCCCAUAAGUGGAAAUAUCAUUGUUGAGGUCAUUGCGGAAGGAAUUGCAGAGGUCGAAUUUGUCAAAGUUAAAGGUGAUCCUCUUGAAUGGAGACGGUUCUUUAAGAAGAUUACAGUGCUAUGUAAAGAUGCAGUUUUGAGACCUGACAAUUGA